AUGUCUACAAGCGAGAUCACAAAAAUGGAAGAAGGUGGACUCAAACCGCAAAUGGAUUCUGAUUCUGGGUUUUGCGGUUCUGCUGAGGUAACUCAAGUCAUACAGAAGGUAAUUGCAGAGUUAAUAGGGACAUACUUCCUAGUAUUUGCAGGGUGUUGCUCUGUGGUUUUGAAUAAAAUUGAAGAGAGUAAAGGGACAAUAACGUUCCCUGGAAUUUGUAUUGUGUGGGGUCUAUCAGUGAUGAUUUUGGUUUAUGCUCUUGGUCACAUCUCCGGUGCUCAUUUCAAUCCUGCAGUCACUGUCAGCUUCGCCAUCUAUCGUCAUUUCCCUCUCAAACAGGUGCCUAUGUAUCUUAUUGCGCAGGCGCUAGGAUCUAUCCUUGGUAGUGGGACAUUGCGCCUUCUGUUUGAUCUAGAUGAAAAUUCUUAUUUUGGAACGGUACCAUCAGGAUCUCAUGUUCAAUCUCUUGUCUUCGAGAUCCUCACAUCGUUUCUCUUGAUGUUUGUUGUCUCUGCAGUUUCCACGGACAAUCGAGCAAUUGGAGAAUUGGCAGGGAUUGCUGUUGGUAUGACUGUCUUAAUAGAUGUCUUCAUUGCCGGGCCUGUGUCAGGAGCGUCUAUGAACCCAGCCAGAAGCCUUGGACCAGCUUUGGUGAUGCACGUUUACGAUGGAUUCUGGAUUUAUAUAGUUGGACCCUUUCUUGGCGCCAUAUUAGGUGCUUCAGCCUACAAUCUGAUAAGAUUUACUGACAAACCACUCAGAGAAAUCAGUAAAAGCAGUAGCUUCCUCAAAAGCGUGUCCAGAGCAAGUUUUCAAUAG